AUGGCUAGAAGGAAUGAUCUUUUUUCCUUUGAGAAGGCUGCCAUCAUCCAAUUUUUCUUGAAGGAAGCCAAAGUGGAAAACCAGCUAGAGGCAAGAUCAAUGCUGCGGUGCAAAACUGGAGUUGUUGCCAACGAACGAUUAGUCGUAUUUGGGCAGCUGCAAAUAAACAAAGAGCAAGUGGUGAGCUUAGAAUUGUCAAAAAGAUCUACCAUUAAAAGGCUAGCAUGUGAGAUUAAAUGCAGUAAAAGCACUGUUGGUAUAUGGAUAAAAUCAGGACUGAUCAUACCUCAUUCAAGUGCAAUAAAACCUGAUCUUACUGCUCCAAACAAGUUGCUUAGGCUACAGUUUUCCUUAGAAGCUCUAGAAUAUGACAGGAUUCUUAGGAGUUUGACAUUUAAAAGUAUGCACAACACAGUCCACAUUGAUGGGAAAUGGUUCUACAUCAUAAAAAGUGCACAGAAGUUCUAUUUGAUUCCUGAAGAGAUAGAACCUCACAGGACAUGCAAGAACAAGAAGUUUAUGUGUGCUGUAUGUAGGCCAGUUUUUGGGGCUGAUGGUGUAUGCUUGUUUGAUGAAAAAAUUGGAAUUUUUCCAUUCAAUAAAUUGGUGCCAGCCAAAAGAAACAGUAAAAACAUGGCUGUAGGUACAAUGGAGUGGAAACCAAUUCAAAGCAUCAUCAAACAAGUAGUGAAAGAUUGCCUAAUCUACAAGAUUAUUCCUGCUAUUAAAGCAAAGUGGCCAGCAAAUGCAAGCAAAACCAUCUAUAUGGCAAUACAAAGCCUCCAAACUGAAUCAAUGUCUACAAAUGUGGAUGGUCUAGUGAAUGUUGUCAUUAACUCACUCAAUGAGUUAAGCCCAACUACUUUGAAUAAAGUGUUUUUAAGCUUGCAAAGCUGUAUGGUUGAAAUUCUGAAAGUUAAGGGGAGGAAUAGAUACAAGAUCCCUCAUUUAGGGAAGGAUGCCUUAAUUAGGCAGGAUAUGCUUCCCCUGAAUCUCCAAGUUCCAAGUGAAUUUGUUAGGGAGUGCAUAUCCUACCUAAUUGACAAUAGAGCAUUGUCAAUUAGUGAUACACUAAUGAAGGAUUUGGGAGUGCAUGCAGGAUGCACAGAUGAGGUUGAGAUGAUGGUGCAUGAACUUCAAAUUCAAAGAACUGAAGUUAUGUGA